CCGCGUUCGCCCCUAGCCUCGCCACGUGUCCAACGCCCCAAGCUCCCACGAUUCGUUCGUUCACUGUGGCUUCCGUCGGACGUGUGGCCCAUGGCCCUGGAGAUCUCUGGGAGUCCUGGGAAGCCCCCUCUGCUCGGCGACACCCCUCUCGAAGGGAGAGAGCUGGGGCCCUGCAUGCGCUGGAGACGGAGCCUUUUUUAGAUUUGAGACGGAGCCAGGAAAGAGCGGAUGGACUUGUGAAUAUGGUCCUUGUUUCAAUCUGUUUUGGGGGGUUGGGCGAUUGGACACAUCCCCAAGUUGUCCGAUGUUUUUUGCCGUUGACCAGCUCAGGCAUGCUUUCAAAACAGAGGGCGGAACAUGGACAUGUUGCGUUUGGUGACGAACCAUCGCCCAGUCAACUCUGGUGACUAAACACCUGUGACAGGCGGCGCUCGGAGCACCCAACACCGAGGAUCUGUAACGCUGUGCGUGCGGAGUUCAGACAACAUGGCAAGCUUCUUCCCCUGGCACUGGCUCAGAUGCUGCUGCUGGCGGACCAGCCGCUCCUCUCCACCAACAUGUCACAGGUAGCUGAGGAACUCAGACUGGACGAGCACGAAAAGGAUGAGCUUCUGGGGGGCCUCGUCUCGGUGGUUUACUUCACCUGCGGCGCCCUGUCCUCGCUCCUCGCGGGGCGCUUGGCCGACGUGAUGCGCCGCAUCAGCCUCGUGCGGAUCUGCAUGCUUUUGGGCUCGGCUGGCACGUUUCUGAACUCACAGGCCUCCUCUUUGGGCGGCAUCCUCCUGUGCCGCGGCGCCGUGGGCGCCGCCUUGGGCGGCUUGCUCCCAGCGAGCUUCGCCAUGCUGGCGGACCUCUACCCCGCUGAGGAGCGGCCCCACGCGGUGGCCCUGGUGGCCAUCAUCAGUGGUGUUGGCCCUGGUCUGGGGCAAGGCCUAGCUGGAACCAUGGGCCCUGCCUGGGGCUGGCAGGCGCCCUUCGCUUGCGUGGGCGUUUGCGGCUUCAGCCUCUCCUUGCUCCUCUUCGGCUAUCUGCGGGAGCCACCGGGCAUGGACAAGGUGGAGGAUGCUGGAGAUCGGAAUCAACUCUGCGGCACCUGGGUGCGCGACCUGCGGAUCCCCACGGUGGUGCUGAUCUGCCUCCAAGGGAUCACAGGUUGUGUCCCCUGGGCCGUGAUCAACACAUUCCUCACCGACUACUUGGCGCAGAACGGCGGAUUGGGCGUUCUCCGUGCCACUGGAGUCUUCCUCAGUUUCGGCAUUGGCUGCACCACGGGCACCGUGCUGGGGGGAAAGCUGGGGCAGUUCUUGUACAAGAAGGACAAGGGCUUCCAAGCUGCUUUGAUGGCGGCAACCACAUGGAUAGGCAUGGUGCCGAUCUUCAUCCUUUUCGCCAUUGGUGAUGGAGGGGGUCAGUGUUGGCUCUUUCACCUGUUGGCACUCACCGGAGGCGUCCUGGUGGCGGGCACCGGUGGCAACGCCAAAGCCAUCCUGCUGAACACCGUGCCCGUGAAGUCCAGAGGGUCGCUCUUUGGAGUCUAUACCAUCAUGGAUGACUUGGGAAAAGGACUUGGCCCAGCCUUGGUGGCAUCCUGGGUGAGAGCAUUAGGGAGAAGAGUGUCCUUCAUGAUCGGGAUUUCGUUUUGGCUUCCCUGUGGCCUCUUUUGUUGGAAGAUGAUCCGCACCGUCCGCCUCGACGACAAGGCAGAGAUCGGCUCCCCAGCCUCGGCCUCCACGCGGACGGGGGACUCCUCCGCGCGCGAGGACAUUGGCUCGACGACGUCCACCCGGAUGGGACCGGGAUCCCCGGGCGGGUCGUCAUCUGCGUAAGAGACGGGCGGAUGAUUUGACUGUGCAAGUGGUGGGCUUGGUGGUGAU